AUGGAUGAACUGAAAGCCUUCAUCGCACAGCAGAAUCAAAUACUGAAGGACUCAUUAACUACUCAAAUAAAUGAUUUGAAAGAACUAGUCUCCAAAAGUGCAGGUAAAGUGAAACAGUUGGAGCAAGAAAUUGAAUAUUUGAAAACUGAGAACAAAAAAUUGGAAAGAGACUCGAAGGCAAAUAAUAUAUUAGUCUUCAACUCAGAUUACAGGGGAGGAAAUUUACUGAACUACACACUGGAGUUGUUGAAUACUAACUUGGACUUGAACUUGACAGAUGCAGAUGUAGACAACAUUUACACCAUCGGAAACAGUGAAGAAAACAAGCCCAUCGUCCUGAAAUUUGUGAGAUUCAUAACAAAGUUAGAAGUAUUGAAAAACAGUAGAAAGUUGAAAGGUAAAAAUCUAUCUAUAGUUGAGGAUCUCUCGAAAGAAGAAAGAUCUGAAAGGAAAAUUUUGGUAAACCACUUGAGAGAAGCACGAAGAAAUAAUAAAAAAGCUCAUAUUUUUCGAAAUAAACUUUACAUAGAUAGCAAGGGUUUUACGUACUCAGAACUACUAGAACUACAAGAACAAGAUUGCGAAGAAGUUUUCUCUGAAGAUUUGUCAAAUACACCAUCUGCUGAAAAAGACCCAACAAACGUGACUACUACAUCCCACAGUCAGAAAAGGACCACUUCAUCACCUGCGGACCCGACUCGAGAGGAAUCGACUAAGAAACAAAAUAUACAAGCUGGCCCAGAAACCAAGACUACUAAAUGCUACAAAUGUCCGUAUGAGAAGUCGGAUAAAAGCGAUUUAGAGACUCACCUUAAGACACACCUACCGAAAGUGCAAAAAGGAUAUCGAGAAGGUCAUGCCAAAUACUACAAAUGCCCUAAAAAAAAUUGCAUAUUCAUAAGUCGGUUCGACACAUACAUCAUCACAGCACACGAAAAGACCCACGUCAAAAAAUUCGAUUGUCCCAUCUGUAACGAAAUUUGCGACAGUAUCGCGAUAUACCGUCGACAUAUUCAGCUGGACCACACAGAAGGAAACAGCUACAAGUGCGGAGCUUGUCCAUUUCUAACAGAAAACUGGCACAAAUUUCAGAGGCAUAUCGCUAGACACAGAGACCAACAACUCAAGUGCCAUUCCUGCCCUUACAAGACCAAAUACAGAGAGAAUCUGCUGCAGCAUUUGCAAGAAAAACACAAACGGAACGAAACUUAUUACUGCUACAAUUGUUCCUACUCCACCAGGAUCAAACAGUGUCUGAAGAUCCAUGUGUUAGUGCACAUGAACACUUCUCGAUUGGUGUUGUACAAGUGCGACAAGUGCGAUUUCUCCACCAAAUAUGCCACGAGCUUCCAGAAACACGGCAAAAGAUUGCACUCUGGAAAGUCUGUAAUUUACACUUGCAAUUUCUGUCAGGAUACAUUCAAGGUUCUAAGAGAUAGAAGAAUGCACGUUCUUCAGUUUCACGGACAGGACGAUGAAGUGAGAAGGAAGUAUAUAAAGCAAUGUCCCGAGUGUGGGUAUGAAACGUACAGGGUGGGGCAUAUGAAGCUGCACAUGCAAAAAAAACACGGUAUUCACCGUGGUCCUAAAAAGGAAGUAAAAAAUGAGCGCUCCUAA